AUGCUCAUGUCCGGGGACGAAGUAGAUAGCGGCGGCGGCGGCGGCGGCGGCGGGUUUGACGCGGUGGAGUUGGACGAGAUGUACGGCGUGGUGGAGGGGGUGAUGUUCCAGGGUCACCCAUCCGUCGAGCCGAAGGAAGAAGGUUCGCUGAAACGGACCUUCAAGUCUUGUCCAGAUUUCGUGCAGCUCGGAGCAGGAGCAGGAGGUGGAGGGGCAGGGGGGGUUCCGGUGGGAGGCGUAUUUUUGGGGGGUGGGGGGCUAGUUAAGACCGACGCCAUGGCGGUUGAGAACAGCAACCUCGGUGCUGGUGGCGGCGGCGGCGGCGGCGGGAGGCUUGGGGGCGCCGGCAGGCCUCUUGCGACGUUGGCUCCGAUGCAGUCAGGAGUAGCAGCAGCAGCAGCAGCAGCGAGGGCAACAGGAGGAGGACCCGCACCGGCGGCGCGAAAAGCCAUCGCCGGGAACCCCGGCGCUGCGAAAUUUCCGGCGUUGAUGAUGGCGGCGGCUGCGGCAGCGGCGGCGGCGGCAGGGGGGGGCACGCGAAGUCGAGAAAGUGGACCGGAAACUACGGUGCCCUUGAUCGGCGGGCGUUCCGUGAGCAUGGAAUGGGAUGUCAUAGGCAAAUCAGCGGGAGGGGCGUCGGCUGAGCGGUUGCGCGCGGGGGCGGCACCAAAGGGGGCCGGCGGGAUUGGGAAAGUGGCGGCGGCGGCGGCAGCGGGGGGGGGGCAUGGCGGUUUCUCGAGCGGAGUGAGGAUGCAGAGCAGCAGCAGCAGCAGCAUGAAGCCGGUGACAUCUUGCCCGAGCCUGGGGGAGUUGGGAGGAGGGGGAACCGGGGGCAUGGACCAGCGCCGGUCCCGAAGGCUGGAAAGGAACCGGGCGUCUGCGAGGGUGCGGCGGCAGCGCAAGAAAAACAUGGCCGAGCUAUACGAGAAGGAGGUGGCGAGGCUCGAGGCAUGCAUCGCCACCUUGCGGGAUCACGUUUGGGGGGGGGGAGAGGGGGCGGCGUUAGCCGAAGCGCUAGGAGGGCGACCCAGCGAGGGGUCGGCAGGGGUAGCGCAGCAGGGUGGUGCAGACGGCAGUGGCGGAGGGGUAGACGGGGGUGGGGGUGGUGCGGUGGCCUCGGUUGCUGUUCUGGAGGAGGAAAGGGGUCCGGCUCGAGACCAGGCGGCCGCUAGCGUGGAAGAACUUCUCAAGGAUCUCGCUCUGGGAGCGCUCGACGCGCACUCCAUCUCCCUCGCGGUGUCGCGGAUGGCCCCGCCCCCGCCCCCGCCGUACCCUCCCUCGGAGCGACUACCCUCGUCCUCUCCCGACGACCCCCGGCGACUGCCGGAGCGGCGGCUGAGGAAGGGGGACCGAGGGGCCCCGACGCUGGGAAAGGGGCGGGGUCGCACUGGGAGGAAGAGCGGGCGCGGAGCCUCCAGGAGGCGGUGA